AUGUUGAUUGUUUUGCUUUUAUUUUCAGUUUCAGUUUAAUUAACAUCAUAGAAAAAUGAUGAAUCAAGUGAAGACUAUAAACUUAUAAUAUUCUCAGAAUCUUGCUAUGAUUAAUUUUUUGGAGAAACAGAAUUGAGUAAUGAAUGCAUAUCUGAUGUAUAUCAUAAAUAAAAAAUAGACAAUCAGCAGAACAAUUAGCAUUUUAAUGAUAGCAUUUGCUAUAUUGAAUCAAUUACCUCAAAUUCUUAAGAUUUUUAAGUCAUAAUUGAUACAAGGAAUUUCAUUUAAUGCUUAUUACACAGAAGUACAAUAUUCAUAUAUAAAUAGUUAUAUCUAUUUUCAUUUAUAACAGCUUAUAAUAUAUAUAAAGGGACAAAAUUUAUUUUAUAUGGUGAGAAUGUAAUAGUAGGCCUAGAAUAUUGUGUAGUUUUAAGUUUAUUCUUAUUUUACGAUAAAGAUUUGAAUUUUCAUUAAUGGCUAUUUAAGGCAGUUUUUUUCAUAACUAUCAAUACUCCUUUAUUUGUAGGUCUAGGACCAUAAUGGAUCUUCGAUAUGACUAUAUACAUUAACAUGAGUUUAUGUAAAUUGUAAAUUUAAUGAAAAUUUAGUGUUUAUGGCUAGAUUUUUAUAAAUAAGACUCAAUUGUAGAAAUAGAAAUACAGGAUAAUUGUCAUUGCUCACUUAAUUGUAAAACUAUGCAGGAAGCAUCGCAAGAUUAUAUACUUUAUUUAAUGAUGAUGCAGAUUUCUCAUAUAUGGUAUUUAUUAGAGAGAAUAUAGAUAUAUGUUUUAGAAGACAAUAUUAUGGGUACAAUAUUGCUAAUUUAAAUUUAUAAUACUUGGAGAGCAGAGAGGAAAAAGAAUAAGAAUAGUGAUGAUAAAAGUACAGAACUCACAUGUAAAGAAAUAAAAUAUGAUUAAAUUUGAGAAAUAAUUUAUUCAUUUAUAAUAUUCUUAAUUUAAAAUGUAAUGUGAAAUUUUGGAUUGGAAAGGUUAUUUGGUUUAAGCAAGUUUAGGAUUGUUUUCAUUUACAGUAUUAAUAAGUAAUAUAGUUUAGUGAGUAAUAGUAAAAAGAUAUUUUGAAAGACCUAAAAGAGUUUGGAAAAUAUUUAUGAUGGUAUUUAAAAUGAAAAUUAAAACAUAAGGACUCUUCGAAGCAAUUACUUUCAGCAUUAUUAGCUCAUAUAUUGAAUGUAAUAUUGGCUAUGGAAUUAUCUUCAGAAACAGAUAAGAAUGCUUGCAUCUGGUAUUUUAUUACAUUUAUGUUGGAUUCAACAAUGGGUAUACUUCUAAUAUUUUUACUCAUGAAAUCGUUAAAUAUGAUAUUUACCUAUUUUGAUAUGAGAGUAUAUACAAAUAUUAAUUAUUCAGAAAUUACAAAGUGGUAAUUAUUUCAAAAUCUAAGAAAAUGUAAGAAUAGAUGGGUAAAUAUAUGCAUGUCAAUUAUUUGUAUGGAAUUCUGUUGUAAUUGUUUCUAAAUUUAUAUUAUAUGGAUUUCAAGAACUAGUUGCUGAUUAAUUAAAUGAGAUAGGUACCUAUCUACUAUCUCCCAUAAAUAAUCCUGAUUUGCUUUUGGUUUUUGUUAUGAUCAUUAUUCCAUUUAUUAUGAAUGCAAUUACAGUAUUUUAGGAAUAGAUUAUUUUAAGUUCUGGAUUCAAGAUAAUAUAAUUAUGAAAACUGAAUUUAGUAAUCAAGAAGAGAAGUAAUUAUUAAUUGGAACAUUUUAUGAGGGAACAUUAACAGAAGACUUUAUAUAAGAAUUAGUUGUUUUAUGA